CAGAACAUGACCACCAAUCUGUGUCUGGACUCAGGUCCUUGUCUCAUCCAUGAAGAUGACAAGAGGAAAUGUCCUCUACCCAGCCGAUCAGAUGUUAAACCUCAGUUUGUUCAUCACCUGGCCUUAAAACCCCCAUCUGAGACCAGCUAUUCCAUUUCCAAACACAAAAGUGUGAAACAGAAGUGUGUUAAGUUCACUGUGGUUGCUGUGAUCUGCCUGCUGCUCCUUCUGCUGCUGGCUGGAAUCCUCCUCGCUUAUUACUACUCCUCGUCCUGUGUGCACGGGAUGCAGUGUGGGAACGGGAGCUGUGUGUGGGUGUCCCAGUGGUGUGAUGGAGUGACAGACUGUCCUGCAGGCCAGGAUGAAGAAAACUGCGUGAGGCUGUAUGGCUCCAGUUUCCUGCUCCAGAUCUACUCGACUGAGAGCAAAAACUGGAGGGCUGUUUGUUCUCACGGUUGGACCGACCAGCAGGGGAGAGCCAGCUGCCAGACUGUUGGAUACAGCAGGGGCACAUAUUUUAAAUCAGGCCAACAGAAGACUGGUUCUGGUGAUGGAUUCUUAAUUGUGAAGUCCGACGUCAACCCAGAGGCAUCCAUACUGCAACAGCUUGUGUUCAGCAGUACCUGUCCCAACAACAACGCCGUGACAUUGCAUUGUACUGAUUGUGGGUUUGGAGUGAACUCCAGCAGGGCCUCUGGUGACCAGCUGGCCUCUCCAGGGGCCUGGCCAUGGCAGGUCAGCCUGCAGCUUUCAGGCUCCCACCGAUGUGGAGGAGCCAUUAUCUCCCCCUACUGGAUAGUCACAGCUGCAAACUGUGUUGCCAUGGCCUCCAGUCCUGGAGACUGGGCAGUGUAUGCUGGGAUAGCGGAUCCAUUAGGCACUCUGUUCAACCCUGCUUACACUGUGAGCCACAGUAUAGCUCAUGAAGGUUUCAACAGCGUCACUUGCAGGAAUGACAUUGCUCUGAUGAGGCUCUCUAAACCUCUGGACAUCACAGUCUUCAGUAAUAUCGGACCUGUGUGCCUCCCAAAUGUUGGUGUAAGCACCACUGAUCCUCAGAAGGGCUGGAUAACACAAUAUGGUUGCACAGUAAAUGGAGACUCUGGCUUUCCACAGCUGAUGGAGGCUCAGGUUUCUCUAAUAGAUACUGCAGACUGUAACAGCUCCAUCGCUUACAAUAGCAAGAUAUCAGAGGACAUGUUAUGUGCCAGAGAGACGGAGGCAGUAGCCAACUACAUGUGCCAUACUGACAGCGGCGGCCCUUUGAUGUCCCUGAAGGAUGGAGUAUGGUGGCUCAUAGGGGACAGUAUUUGGGGGGAACACUGCACGGAGCAGAAUAAACCAGGUGUUUAUGGCAACGUCACCUAUUUUCUGGACUGGAUCUACCAUCAGAUGAGGAAGCAUCAAGAUGACUGAUGAUAGGACCAAAGAUUUCCCAUGUGAGAAAAGUGUGUA